AUGAAGGUCACCAUCCUUUGCCUCCGCAUCAUACAGCUCGUGCUGGCCCUGGGAACGCUGGGAUCUGCAAUCACUGUCGUUCACUGGUUCAACAUGAACUCCGGCAAGGCGUCGCCCGGUGCCUUCAACAUUCUCGUCGCGGUUCCUCUUAUCGCGCUUCUCUCCUCGUUUACCUCGAGGUUGUCCCUCGAGUUGCCCCUAGUGCGCCGCCUACGCUGCCCCAUCCUUGCCGGCAUCUCGGUGCCCUGGUGGGUGCUCAGCACCAUCCUGCUCGUCAACCAGAUGUUCACCCACGGCUUCCGGAGGCCCUCGGCCACCCGUCCCGCCAUGUCUCAGGCGUAA